CCAAAUUGCAUAUCAUUUCAAGCUCUCAACAAAGCUUUUAAAAUUUCCUGCAUUUUCGUAAGCCGAAAAGAUUCUCACAAUCGCCGCUCCCGAGAGAACCCUAAAAUCGAGCGUCAAUUGCAAAAGAGGCACCAAUUUCUUUAUUACGUCUUCACCUUUUUGCACAAUUGAUUUCCCGAUUGCGCGGCAUAUUCCACACCCUUUCUCCAAAACCAAAAGUUUGUCGAGCUCUGUUCGGGUUCGGCUAUCCUCGAAAGAUGGAUGCUCAAAAUGAACAUUCUAGACACGAUAUUGAGGCGUACACUGACAUGGCAUCGCCGGAGAAGGGCUAUGGAGGGAGCAAGGUAUGCGCCGGAGCAGCGUGCGGUUUCUCCGACGCGAACAGCACUUCGAAAGAUGCACAAGAGCGUUCAGCUUCAAUAAGAAAGCUUUUGAUUGCAGUUGUGUUGUGCAUAAUUUUUAUGAGCGUCGAAGUCGUCGGGGGCAUAAAAGCCAACAGUCUUGCAAUUCUGACCGAUGCGGCUCAUUUGCUCUCCGAUGUUGCUGCCUUUGCGAUUUCGUUGUUUUCAUUAUGGGCCGCAGGAUGGGAAGCCAAUCCGCGCCAAUCUUACGGAUUUUUUCGGAUCGAGAUACUCGGGGCCCUUGUCUCGAUUCAGAUGAUCUGGCUUCUUGCUGGGAUUCUCGUUUACGAGGCGAUCGUACGUCUCAUCCACGAUACAGGCGAAGUUCAAGGCUUUCUGAUGUUUGUCGUCUCGGCUUUCGGAUUGUUGGUCAAUGUUAUAAUGGCGAUCUUGCUUGGACACGAUCACGGGCAUCACGGGCACAGCCACGAACACAGCCACGACCACGGGAUUACGGAUCACGAUCACGGUUCCGACGAGGAUCACAUAUAUAGCCACGGAGUGAGCGUCACUCGGCAUCAUUCCCACAACCAAGUUCAUCAUCACGAGCACGACGAGCGUCAAUCGGUCCUCAACGAGGCGCUACUCGACGCCCCGGCCGAUGGAGAAUCUAAUUCAAAGUGCGGAAAUGAAAAGAAGCAACGGAAUAUUAACGUUCAAGGGGCUUAUCUCCACGUGCUCGGAGAUUCUAUCCAAAGCAUCGGAGUCAUGAUCGGUGGAGCUAUCAUAUGGUACAAACCGGAAUGGAAAAUCGUCGACUUGAUCUGCACUCUAAUUUUUUCGGUCAUAGUUCUGGCGACGACGAUUAGAAUGCUGAGGAACAUUCUCGAGGUUCUUAUGGAGAGCACUCCCCGGGAGAUCGACGCGACGAGACUUGAAAAGGGGCUUUGUGAGAUGGAGGAGGUCGUCGCCAUUCACGAACUUCAUAUUUGGGCAAUUACCGUCGGGAAAGUGUUGUUAGCGUGCCAUGUGAAGAUUAGGCCCGAAGCCGAUGCCGACAUGGUUUUGGACAAAGUUGUCGACUACAUCAGGAGGGUAUACAACAUCAGCCAUGUAACGAUUCAAAUCGAGAGGGAAUAAAACGGUCUCUUUUCUUCGGAUUGAGUCGAGGUUAGUCCUCUUGCUGAAACUAGUUUAUUAUGGAUUGAUUGUCCGAAAUUCCAAUUUAAGAGUGUAGAUAGAUAUCUGUUGGUGCCGUGCCCGUGCCCGUGCCCUUAAGAUUUGUUUCGGUUAAGUAUGUGGGAUUUCAAUCAUUGCCGUAGACAAUAUUAUGUGGGAGUUCUUAUCA